AUGGGACAGGAUUAUUACGCAAUUUUGGGCGUCAAAAGGGGAUGUACCGAAUCCGAACUGAAGAAAGCCUACAGGAAACUUGCCAUGCAAUGGCAUCCUGACAAACACCAAGAUCCACAAGCCAAAAGGAAGGCUGAAGAAAUGUUCAAGAGUGUAUCAGAGGCGUACGAUGUUUUAUCGGAUCCGGAAAAACGUAAAAUUUAUGACCAAUUUGGUGAAGAAGGUCUCAAGGGAACUGCACCGGGACAUUCUGAUCACGGUGGAGCACACACCUAUGUCUACACUGGGGUUGACCCUAGUGAAUUAUUUAAAAAGAUCUUUGGAUCUGACAGAAAUUUCAUGUUUGGUGGUUUUGGUGAUGACUUUGGCGAUGCCUUUAAUAUGCAAACAAGUCACCAUCACCACGCACCAAAAAGUACAAGCUAUGAACUGGAACUACCAGUCUCUCUGGAAGACUUGUACAGCGGUACAACUAAAAAAAUGAAGAUUACAAGAAAACGCUUUUCUGUCAAUAAGGAGUAUAAGGAGGAACAUUUUCUCAAGAUUGAUAUCAAACCGGGCUGGAAGGAUGGUACAAAGUUGACAUUUUCUGGUGAAGGUGACCAGCAAUCCCCAGCUUCUCCCCCUGGAGACCUUAUUUUUGUAAUAAAAACAAAACCACACGGGCGAUUUGUGCGUGAUGGAAACAAUUUGAUUUAUAAAAUAACGGUACCUUUGGUAAAGGCGCUAACAGGCUUCCAAGCCAGUAUAACCACUUUGGAUAAUCGCAGAUUGACAAUUAGAGUUACAGAAAUUGUUUCAAACCGUUCUAAAAAGGUAAUUGCAAAAGAGGGAAUGCCCCUCUCUAGAAACCCAACCGAACGAGGUGACUUGAUUUUAGAGUUUGACGUUACAUUUCCCGAGACACUCACACAAGAACAAAAGAAGAAAUUGGUUUCUGCACUACCAUCUUAA